AUGGUAAAACUAACAGAUUCAUCUGAUAAUUUUUUAUUCGCUUCUUGGGAAUUUUUGUCUGGGUCCAUUUUCUACUUUUGCAGACCUCAAGUGUCGUCAGCUAUGUUUCUAAGAUAUAAUACUCAACUCGGACCACCGUUCCAUAUCAUUAUCGAUACCAACUUUGUUAACUUUUCCAUUAAGUACAGGAUCGAUAUUAUGCAAGGAUUCAUGGAUUGUUUAUAUGCCAAAACUAUACCAUAUGUGACAGAUUGUGUUUUGGGUGAAUUGGAAAAACUUGGACACCGGUGCAAAGUUGCUCUCAAAAUAAUCAAAGAUAAUCGCUUUCAACGUUUGUCAUGCUCUCACAAAGGAAUUUAUGCUGACGAUUGCAUUGUACAGCGAGUUACCCAACACAAGUGUUACAUUGUGGCAACUUGUGACAAAGAUCUAAAACGACGAAUCCGCAAAAUUCCUGGUGUCCCAAUUUUGUACAUACGACAACACCGGUUCUCUAUAGAACGCAUGCCUGAUGCAUAUGGCGCUCCGGCGAACUGA